AUAGUUGAUGGUGGCUGGUCAUCCUGGGGGUCAUGGAAGAGGUGCAGCCUAACUUGUGGUGGUGGAUCGCAGAGCCGAGAGCGCAGCUGUACAAAUCCUCCCCCACGGUGGGGCGGAAGGAGGUGCCAUGGACUUAGUAGCAUAAGCCAGUCUUGCAACACAAAUCAUUGUCCAGGUGAGAGUGUGUAUUCGGUGUUAAACCAACAAUCUUUUAUCAUUUUGAUUAUUAAUUUUGCUGGUUCCAGGUGCUCCAUGCACCUAUAAUUUCGUUUACAUAGAUUUUUAGAUAUCAAUGUUUAGUAGAUGCAAGGUUUUUACCAUACGCUGCUAUUUAGAUGUGGCAAAGUUCUGCCUUAUCUUUAUCUUCUUUGUUCAAAAGGUUGAAUAAAUCAGCAUUAUAUACGCAUGCAAUUUGCAAUAUCAAUGCAGAUAUCAAGUUUAGAAGCUGUAAGGUUUCUACCAUAUGCUGGUAUUAAGAUUCUGUAAAGUUUCUUUUAUUCGUUAUUCUUAUUUGAAACGGUCAAAAUGUUGAAUGAAUUAGCAAUAUAUAUGCAUGCAAUUUGCAAUAUCUGCAGGCAGUUCUUCAUUUUAUAACAUAUUUAACUUGUUAACCAUGUUAACCUCUGAUACAAUGAUAGUUGAUGGUGGCUUGUCAUCCUGAGGAGCAUGGGAGAGCUGCAAUGUAACUAGUGGGGGUGGAUUACAAGGAUGAGUUUUAAAGUUGUUUCUUAACGGCUUUUUCUUGAAACAUUGUUAGUCAAUGGUGGUUGGAGUGAGUGGAGUUCCUGGAGUAUCUGCACCAAAACAGUCAGUGGCAUACAGAUAAAGUUUAGAGAAUGUUCCAAUCCAGAACCAGCAUACGGCGGGGAACAUUGUAAUGGGAGCAGAGUACUUGUAAGGGAAUGUAACAAAAUGUCCAGCUGCCACGAAGGUAACAUGCAGAUUGUAAAAUCAGUGCGCCCGAGUUUUAAUUACAUAGGGUAACAUUAAUUGAAAUACAGACAUCAUAAAUGGUCCGUAGUCUAAUCAUAGUUGAACCCCAUAUUAAAAAGGUUAAGUCCUGUCAAAAGCCUUUGUCGUUUAAUCUACAUCUUAAUAAAUUGACCUUGUCCAAAAUUAGCAUUAGCAUUACAUCGCAGCUGGAAUAAAGUUAUUUUCAUUACUAUUAUCCUUUUCUCACUCAUUAUUAUCAUCAGGAUCAUCAUCGUUAUCGUUAUUAUUAUCAUAUAAUCCCUAUUAUUAUUAUCGCAAAUGUUUAUGUUACUUUAGUAUCAUCAUUUAUAUUGUUAUUAUUCUCAUUAAAGUGUUCACUGUUGUCAUCUAUAGGCAUUUAGUGCUAAAUUUCUUGUCAAUCACAACUGAAAUAUUUAGUUUCUUGAUAGAAUAGUAUGGGAUGUCUUAUGUGAGCAGUAUCAAUUAACCAUUUAAUUUGGGGCUGAUGAUUAUGUUUGUAACACACCUAGAAUUGGUAAACAUUUGAAACUAGAUACAUAUUUGGGGCAAUCAUCAGCAAAAUAAUUAAAAUUUGUAGAAUCUUUAAGAGGGCCUCUCAAGAUAUACAUAUACUUUUGCAUUAUUUCUUUCAUCAGUAUUUCCACUACGCUUUAGAACGGAGAGCAACCCAUCGCUUGGUACAAUGGAAAUCCAUACAAACAGCAGCUGGAAAAAGCUUUGCACCAGUACGUGGAAUAAAGUUGAAGUAGAUUUGACAUGCAUGGCAAUGGGAUACUCUAACAGCAGUGAUUAUGGUAGAUGGUUUGAAGACAAUGGCAAUGUAUCAGAGACAUCUACCAAUUUCAACUGCACCACCACUUUGACUAAAUGUGAAGAAAGCUUCUCAAACAAACUGCAACUCUGCAAAGGUAUUAACCAAUUAUGCAUUUUGGAAUCUGUCGUCAGAUCUCUUUCAAUCUUCUCUUAUGUACAUCCUAUUCUAGGUACCCUGAUAGACUUGAUCAUAAUUCGAGCGGUAGACCUCGCCAAAACAUCCCUUCUUGCUUUGGUAAUUGAUUAUGUACUAGUGUUUCCUCGAAGACUGCUCUCUAAAAAAUAUGACAUAUAUUGACAAUUAGGUUGUUUUCGAGAAUUAGUUUAAAUCGUUGAAGGCGUAAAAAAUGCCCAAAAAUGAUACCUGAACAGCUUCCCAUCAAAGAACCCGUACAACCGAAUUGGAUUUCUGAUCCUGUAUGAACACCUUGAACUUUUAAAUUUCUUCAUAAUCCUACUGUCUCCUUCCUUCCCUUAUCCAUAUUUCGUCCUUUUAUUAAUUCACUGUUAACUUACCUUCAUUAAUUGCUUAAUAUUUUGUGACUUUAUAAGUUCCCGUUCGCUUGAGUGGUGCAAAUGUAGAGUAUGGUGGUAGAGUGGAAGUAUUUUACAAAGGGAAAUGGGGAAAAAUUUGUACCAAUGGAUGGGAUUUCAAUGAUGCCCGAGUUAUUUGUCGCCAACUUGGCUUUGAAGAGGCUCUUGCUGAAUUUUUUGGCUCCAACGUAGAGGAUGGAAACACUACUUCUGUAAUGGCGGAUGUUUCCUGCACUGGAGAAGAGGAUGAACUUGCAUCUUGCACUCGCAGUGAUGGAAAGUUAAAUGUCCCUGGUCAAUGUCAAGGAGAUGGCAAAGGUUCCCAAGCACUGUGUCAACCAAGUAAGUAAGGCAUUAAUAACGCCGAGAUGGAAAUUCCUAAAGGUAACUGGUCCUCGUGAAUAGUCACGUGUUUACAGUUAAACAUGAAAGAUCAAGAUACCAAUAGUUUUGAAACUAAUACCGAAUACCGAGAUAGAAUGAACUGAUUAUUGUGCGACAUGAAAAUAUUUCUUUCAGAGAACAGAAAGGUAUCGGGAAAAGAGAAACUUCACUUUGAUGUCGGCAACGAUAAAAUCCUUCACUGCUCAAUACGUAACAAAACCAAGUUGGCGAGAUGGGUCAUUAAUGGUCAAAAGGUGCAAAGGAACACUUUUUCUUCCAAGAGGGUCAAGACCACAAGAGAUGGUAAACUGGUCAUAGAAAAUGUGCAGUUGUCUGAUGGAGGAACAUAUGAAUGCCUCGUAACGGAAUAUGUUCAGUAUUACACGGUCUACAUCAGUGGUAGGAAAAUCCUUUUCAACGCAUUUAGAAGACCUUAAUUGCCUCAUUGUAGAAUAGGUUAACAUAAAAGUAAAUGUGGCCGUCACACACAAUAGGAGCACACAAUACAGACUAGUUAGCAUUUCUUCACUGCAGCUUCAGUUAGUGGUUUUUUUCGUCAUGUAUUCCAACAGCAAGAUUCACUGAGAACACUCGUGACCAGCAGAGCCUUAUUGCUUACACAUCUGGUAUUAUAAACUGUAGUGCUGAAGGAACACCACUUCCACAGAUAACAUGGAGGAAACAAGGAGAAACGUUAGUACCUAAUGGAAGAAGAUUCGCUCAAAUUCCUAGCGGCAGUCUACACAUUGAUCUUGUUCAUCCUGAAGACGGUGGCACAUACACAUGUAUCAUGGCACAAAAUAAAGGAUCAGAAAGGGUCACAAUCACAGCUAAAAACAUAAAUGUGUCUGUUAUAGGUGAGUGAGUUAUUGAGAAAACCCAGAACUGGUUGGGUCAUUAUACCAGCACGAAAUAAUUAUAAAAAUAACGAUAAAAAGUUUAUUUCUGUGUCGAACCAUGUAGCCUGGGAAAAGCCCAUGCUAAUAAAGGGACACAGACUAAUACAAAAACUUAGACGACUAAGAUAUCUACACUAAAAUAUGAAUAAUACAAAAUGUAAUCUAAAUUGUAUUAAAGAUGACGCUAAACGAUAUAGGCGACUAUCGAUGGCUGAUCUUAAGAAUUUGGUCACUUAAGUAGUUCAGUUGCAUGUAGAUAAUGCUGAUAAGAUAGGUUUUUUAUUUCAUUUAUUGAGGUUAAAGCAAUCUUUGGCUUUUUUUUAAAGGUCUUUUAUUUUUUGCCUACAGGCAUUUCUGUCAGAUCACUUUAUGUGUUCCAAUCAUUUAUUGUUUUUAGCCGUCAGAAUGGACUUCCACCCGGUAACUAAAAUUAGUCUGAUUAAAAUGCAUUGUCUAAUUUGUAGAUUGAUGAUAGUGAAAGUUAUGUGCUAAAAUUUAAUUGCCUUCUAGGGUAUAUAUAUUAUGUGUGUACAACAAAGCCGAUUUGUUUUAAUUUUUUUACUUGUUUAUUCAAAGUUCGACCACAGGUUAAUGUUUCAGGAGCAAGUAAUCUAAUCAGAGAAGGAGACACUGUAACUUUGACUUGUAAAAUCAUUCAAGGUCGGCCCCAGCCACAGAUAACCUGGCUUAAGAAUAACUCUUUUAAAGGACACAACAUGUCUCUCUCCUUUAAUAAGAUAACAAAGGAAGAGGCAGGUCUGUACACUUGUGAAGCAAAAAAUCGUGGAGGAAUUUCCGCUGAAAAUAUCUAUAUUUCUGUUAAAGGUAAGUUUUCAGGUCUAAAAUUGCAUUGUAAAUCAUUCAGUUGUGUUAGUUUCUGCCGAUUGACUUUGGAUUAAAUGCUGUGGGUUUAAGCGCUGUUAAGGGUUUGUAAUGAUUUUUCGGAGCUUGAUUUAUAAGCGACGAAUCGCUAGUGGUUUGCGAUCAUUCACAAGCUCAAUAGGAAGUAUUUUCUCCCAAUUUAAUGUGUAGUCAAAUCCGUCUUUAGUAAACUGAGAAGUGUGGCGCUUGCUUCCAACUUGUAAUUACUUAGCUUAGUUAUAUUAAACGGCUGCUAUUUGGUAGUCAUUGACAACAAAACAUCUGCCAUAACGAUAUUUGCUCUGUAUCUGUUAAUAUUAUCUCAUCGUGACUUUCAUAUUAAAUUUUUUUUUGUAGUUCCACCACAUUUAAAUCCUGAACUCAAGAAUCUUUCAGUCCCACUGAACUCCACAUUUGAAACAGAUUGUUUUAAAAGGGCUGAUCCUCCAGUAUCAGUCAAUUGGACCAAGGAUGGAAAAUCUCUUGGCAACAACAACACAUUAGUUAUUAAGCGUGUGACGUUUGAUGAUGAAGGUCUCUAUGAAUGUGCUGCUAAAAAUCCGUUCGGAAAAGACAACACCUCUUUCUGGAUCGAUGUUACCGGUAAAUCAAAUUCUAUCUACCUUUGGCAUCUUGACAAGUUUUCACCCUCUCGGUAGUUUUAAUCAGCUUUACUGGAGAAAAAACUAAAUACCUUUUCAACAUUCUUUAUUUUUAUUUUCAUUCCUUUGUUUAUAAAUUUGUCUUCGAUUCGGAUACCUCUGUAAGAUGGAUAUCUAGAUAAGGAAUGGACGCUCGCCUUAGUUAUGUUGAAAUAGACUAAAGUUUUUUUUAUGUUAUUAAUAUAUCUAGGGAUCUAACUUACCCCUUUGAAAUGUGAUAUCCCUAUCUAUUGUCAGCUAUAGUAAUCCGGUAAUAUCUCUAACCUCAGAAAAUGCAUAUAGUUAGCAGACUCAAAAAUCGUCUCACAUUUUAUUACUGCAAAAUGACCCGUGGUUGUCCAGUUGUAACUUGUGAAGCUUGAUUGAAGAUCAGUGGUGACCUUUUUAUUUUCAGUGUCUCCUCAGAUUCUAUUGUCUCCCAUAAACCAAUCUGUCACUGAUGGGGACCCAGUCAACUUUACUUGCCGUGCCACAGGUGUUCCAACACCAAAUCUGACCUGGACAUUUAAUGGUGGUAAACUUCCAUUUGGUAUUAAUCAAAACAAUUUUGAGGGAGACUCAUUUCUGGAAUCAUUUCUGGAAAUGCAGAAAAUAACAAAGGAAAUGGAAGGAACGUACAAGUGUACAGCAGAAAACAAAGCAAAUAGAAUAAGUUAUUCCAUAACACUUCAAGUAUUUGGUAGGUCCAAUAAUUAUAAUGAUUAUGAUGAUAAUAUUAAUACUAAAGUGGAUGAUGAUAAUCUUUAUUUAAUAGCAAUUAAAGUGACUAUGGUGAUGGAUCCAAUGUAACAAUAAUAAUCAAGGAUACCUCCCUCGCAAAAUAAGAGGUGAAAAUGGUGGCUAGUGGCUAAAGGUUGCCCAAAAAGAACUGACAGCUUGUUAAGAAUGAGAUGGAGUCUUGAUGCCCCUGGAAUUUCUGCAGGACAAUUGAGUCAAAGAGUGCAGAUACAAACUUGAGCGUAAUGUACCUGGGAAAAUACCGUAGCGAAUUGUGGGAAAGAUAAUCGUUGCGCAUGCACCAUUUAUCAGUUGUUUAUGAUGACUCUUCCGUAUAAUCACUUUGUGACAUUUUGUUAUUGUCGCUCUGAUCAUUUUGAUCUCAAAGAUUUUGAUUAAUGCAGUGAUUUGUAGAUUUGCAUGGGGCAAUAUGUCUAUAAGAAAACACAAAGUGCUGGGUCUCGGUUUACGAAGAAGCAUCUUGGAAAUUCGGUUGGAUCGGGUCCGAGACACUUUGGCAAAUCUUCAGAAAUAUUUUGGACAAGUAUUUCAAACCCCCUUUGAAACCCCUUUAAAGCAAAUUUCACUCAAAUCGGCACGUUCUAUCCCGCAUGUACUAUUGUAGGAUUGAUUUCGGAUCACUAAAUUCUAUGAUAAUUACCUUACUAAGGUGUCUUGAGUGAAGCUUUUUUUUUUUUACCAAAACCAAGUUAUGUAUACAUUACCUCUUUCCCUCAACACAGAAAAACCCACCGCCAAAGUGAGUCCAGAGCCAUACCCAACGCUCAUUCAAGGUGAUAAGCUUCGGUUAACUUGCAGCGUCAACGAAGCAACAGUAAAUAUCACUUGGAGAAAAGAUGGAGACCCAAUAAAAGAAAGGGCAGUCAUUGAUACGCAAUUGGAUGAGACAACAAGUUAUCUGGUUGUUGAAAAGGUUGUGGAAGAGGACAGUGGUGAAUAUUCUUGUGAAGCUCGUAACAGACUAGGAAAUGUCGCCCGCUCCAUUGUGAUGAUAAAAGUCAACCGUAAGCUGGCAUUAUUGUAGAAACAAUCUGAAAUUUAACAACAAUAAAUCAUUCGACUAAAUGGAACCUGAAACUAACCCUAACCCUUAAGCAUGCUAUUUACUGUUUUCUGUUUGUUUGUUGCCUUUUUGUUUUUGUUUUGUUGUUGUUUUUUUUCAAUGUGUAAAUGCGUGUUUGUAUAUUGGGUCUAAGCCUGUAAUUUGGGUCCCCUGGCCUGUUAGAUGCCCAAAUAAGUAUCAUCAUCAUUGUUUGUUUUCUAUUUGGCGAAGGGAAUUUCUCUACAUCCAUUUAACAAAAAAAUUCUCAAUUCAAAACAACAUUCUAGCCAGGUCUUCUCCAUAUAGUUCUGAUUUACCUUUCUUUGAAUCUCUGCCAGAAAACAGUAGCCAUUUCUAGUGAGCCAGCGAAGCUCUAGCGAAAAGUAGUAUCCAGAGGGUCUGGUUAAUACUUGGUAACAAUCUCUCCCUUAUCAUCACAUGCACUUGCUUUUUUUAUUUGGCUAAGAACCAUGUGUUUAACUUACACCAACAGCUGUGAGUCCAUUCCUAGUGUGGUAUUAUAUUUUUGGAUCAAUGGCUGCUCUCAUUGUUAUUUUGCUCAUGUGUUGCUAUUUUUGGAAACGUCGAAGGACAGGUAAAGCUCGUUCUUCUUAUCUUGUCUUGGGUAGUUUUUCCAGAGAAUUGUCAUGUGAGAAGCAAAACAUAGGACCAGUUUAUGUUUACUUUUACUUCACCUCGUAUUUCAAUUGUUCUUCCCAAGUCAUUAUAAGGUAAAUAUUAAUACCCUUGGUUUGCAGGAAAAAGAAUACCUUUGAGGCACUAUUGGCAUGUUUCUACUGCUUUUUUGUCUGGCGAUUUAUCUGAUUUAUAAUCUUCUAUUAACCACUGAUUAAAGCGCAUAAAAUAUUUACUUAAAUAUUCAAAUUAAAGGAGAACUUUUUUUCCUUCUUUCUUUGAUUUGCCAUUUGGACCUACAGCAGCUGCCAUGGCUCUGUAAGUCGAAUAGUUUGCCAUUCAUUUGUUGAAUUGAAAUUUUUUUUAUAAAAAAAAUUGAAGUUGGGGUUUAAAUCUUACUCUCAUAUCAACCAUUCCAUUUGGAAAGUUAACUAGAAUGAUAGUCUGCGUGAACGAGUAGUUCUACAAUUUUAGUUUUUCUGCACAAGAAAAUGUUGUUUUUUCAUCUCUAGAGUGAUUAUAAUGAUUAUCCAUUUGGAAAGUUAACUAGAAUGAUAGUCUGCGUGAACGAGUAGUUCUACAAUUUUAGUUUUUCUGCACAAGAAAAUGUUAAUUUUUCAUCUCUAGAGUGAUUAUAUCCUUCCAUAAAUAGAAGAAUCCAGGCAAAUAAUUAAGAAACUCAAAACGUUUGCGUAACUUCUUUUUCCUUGAUCACGUAUACUUUGAUUUAUCAUUAGAAAUUGUAUGAUUUUCAUAGAAUUUAGUCCUAAUCAAGGAGAAGCAGUUGAGAUGGAGCUGUUGAAUGUAGAAGUGGAUGAAUGGGAGAUUGAAGGGAACCGUGUCCUGCUUCAAGAGGUCAUUGGGCGAGGGGCAUUUGGAGCAGUGUGGAGAGCUCUCCUUAUUCCUCCAAAUGGGAGACCUGGAAAUCGCACAGUUGCCACUAAAUGCUUCACACGUAAGAUCCAUUCAACUAUAUCUUCUCAAAGCACGUAGAUAGGUACUUUCUGGCCAAGGGUGACCUGCUUUGUGCUUUCCAGUGAUCAUUUAUCUCAGGUAGACUAAAGCCCUCUAAGAGAUUCAUGCAAAGUUACUUUUUAUAAUAACAGCAACAGUAAAACAAUAGAGGCAUCAAUAGCAAUAAAAAAUUGGAGGAUGGUAAACAUGUGCCACAAUUGUGAGGAAAAGAAAAUAGGAAUUCCUCGAAAGGAUUCGCUCGCCGAUAGGUUCCAUUUUUGCAGCUGUGAGCUCCACCAACUGAGCUUCAAAGACCUCUUAAGAUGUGAGGUCUAAAUCCUCACCCAAAGUUUUCGCUUCUCAAGCACGAGAAAAUUUGUCAACAAGGAUUUUUUCCGGCUAUAAAAAAUAUCCUUUUUAUUGUAGCCACUGCAGGGGAGGAAGGAAGAAAAUGUUUGAUGAGAGAGAUCGAGCUGGGAAAAAUUCUUGGUGAAAGUAAUCAGCCAAACAUUGUGAAGUUCAUUGGCUGUGUCACAAGACAAGGUACAUACUAAGUUUAAGGCAUCAUUCUUAUUAUAUGCAAUAAUAUUUCAAAUGUGUAUGAGACUGUUAGCUUGUUUGUUUGUUUGUUUUUUCUUUUUUUUUUUACUGAUCCGUUACUUUUUUUCGUUAUUUUAAGUUCAUCCAAUGCUUAUCAUGGAACAUUUGCCGUGUGGUGACCUGCUUGGUUACAUGAGAAAAUGCCGAGGAAUUAAUGAUCGGUAUUAUCUUGGAGAAGGAAGGGCUCAAAAUUUGAACAACUAUGACCUUGUGCUAUUUGCCAAACAAAUCGCCGCUGGUAUGGUAUUCCUUGGAUCAAGGGGGGUAAGAAACCAAAAUGCUUCUACAUUUAAUUUUACCGCAGAAAUACUUGUUAGGGAUUGUUAUAUCUUUUGAGUUGCUUGAAUAUAGAUAUAUCUGCAUUAUAUGAAUUUUUUCGGAAGCAGGUUUCAUAUUCUCAAUAUUUCGCAAGAGUUCCUUUGGUAUUGUAAGUGGGUCACCUAAUGUCGCAAUUCUGUCGGUAUAUGUUUGGUCUGUAAUGAACACCCUAGGAACAAUAGUUCUUACAACCCAUGCAAACGUCUGUAUAAUUUUCCCUCUGGUCAUGGUAGAUCUCACAAAAGAUAUGCAUUUGUUAGCAAGUUUACAUUUUGGAUCUUUGUCUUUUGGUAGAUAAUCCAUCGUGACCUGGCAGCUCGAAACGUCCUCCUUGAUAACAACUAUGUGUGUAAAGUGACCGACUUUGGCAUGGCAUAUCAAAACUUCAAAUAUGGUCAUGGAAAUGCCAAAAAGGUAAAAGAUCGUCUUUGUUUUAUCUUUUUUCCGGUGUCACUUGCAAACAGAUUCCUAAGGUUAGCUCUAAAUCUGCUUCAAAUUGACCUUAACUGCCAACUGAGGAUAGCUCCACGUUCUGCCAUGCCACAGAAUACAACUGAGUUAGUUGACUUUAUCUUUUAAAUUUACAUUUACUAAAUGUUUUGACACUCCAUAAAGUCUCGGAAGAGGUGCACCACCCACCUCACGUUUAUAUGCAUGUCCUUUGUUAACUCGCCAGUAUUAUAAAACUUAUUUUUAAACAAACCUGUCGUUGCAGGGCUGUUUGCCAAUCAAAUGGACUGCACCAGAGAUUUUGUUGGGAAAUUUCGCUGAACUUUCCGCCUUGAGUGACGUGUAUGUAUGAUGUAUAUUUUUGCAUUGAGCAGGCCAUCUCUUUGGUUUUUGUCUUUACAAGCUCACAUAAAGAAUAUCUCGGCAAUACUUUUUUGAAAUUUUUUCAGGUGGUCUUACGGAAUCGUUCUGUAUGAGAUAGUUACCCUUGGUAAGUCGAACUAUGUUCAACAAAAAAUAUUUAUACUUCUCGUCCGUCCAUGUGUGGAAAUGCCGUAGGUAUCGUUUCUGGAACUCUUUAGCAAUGUCAAUGCCUUUAGGACCCAAUUGGCAGACGUUAGUUUGAUGAGCUGUAGCAGAAAAGCUUGUUGCACCAAAGUUUACGCCAAUGAUGAAUUUUGCUCAGCUUGUCGAAGUUUCAUUCUCUGUAACUGAGAACCGUUGUUUCAGGACUUUCCUUGCCCUGACUAUCACUCAAGACGAGUAGCAUUUUGUGAUCGACUUUAAAUGACGAAAAACCUUUCAAAUUACUUGGCAGAAAAGUGGUAAUCAAUUACAUAAAAUAUAAGGCUAGUAAACAUCAUGUUUCGAAUGCUACGGUCAAGCACUAGAAGUGGAUCUCUCUGAUUUAAAUCUCAACAUUUUCAAAGGAAAUAUUCGGGUAUAUCACGGCCACAUUGUUUAUUUCUUCGCAGGAGGAAUUCCAUAUGAAGGAUGGUCAGAAGGGAAUGUGGUUGCACGAGUCACACAUGGAUACAAACUUCCAAAGCCCGAUCAUGUUGAUAAUAAACUGUGA